GUUUCCCAAGGAAGAAGGAAGCAUCAAACAGCUAGCAAUCAUGAUUGGGUGGUUCGCGCUGACAUCCUUGGGAUGGCUCGCGGAGAGCUUCAUGGCUGCCUUGGUCGGGAAGGCCGUCGAUCGAAUCGUUCAACAGUUCGGUGAGCAGCAUGGAGUUGAAGAUGACCUCGAGAAGCUACAGGAUUCUCUCGAUCAUGCCAGGUUGACUAUCAGCACCAUCGAGAGCUUGAGGAUCAAAGAUAAGGGCCUGCAGAAGAAAUUGAAGGAGUUUCUGACAAGCCUCAAGGAUGCUGCUUAUGAUGCUGAUGACUUAUUGGAUGAAUUCCAAUACAGAAUUCUGAAGCAGCAAAUCGAACAGCAAGGAAAUGAGGCUGGUAACCGAGCGUCCUUUUCCUCCUACUCCACUCCCCCUCCGAGCAAAAAGUUAAAAACUUCAUUUUCUAGUUACACCAGUGGCCUCUUCGGAAAAGGAGAUGAUAAUAAUGAUGAUGUACGGAGAAUCAGGAAAAUAAAGAGGAGGCUAGAUGACAACUCAGUUGCUCUUGAGAAAAUUUACAGUUCGCUAGGCGUACAAGAUGAUAGAGGAAAGAAACAAUUGGUCUCCUCGGCGAGCCGGCAAAUGAGCUCCUUUUGGACCAAACCUCGAUUGUUUGGCAGAGACAAAGAGCUGCAAGAACUCAAGGAUUUGUUGUUAGAACCAGAAGCUGUAUCUGGCCAAAGUGGAUUCUCUGUUUUGUCUAUUGUUGGCAUUGGAGGGAUAGGGAAGACCACUCUGGCUCAAGAAGUCUUCAAUGACAGUAGCGUGAAAGAAUACUUUGAGCUCAGAAUUUGGGUCCGUGUUUCUGAAAAUUUUUCAACAGAAAAGUUGACCAGAGAGAUUAUAGAGUAUGCAACCAAGAAGAACUGUAAUCUCCCGAAUUUUGCUGCUCUUCAAGACUUUCUCAAGGAGAAGAUCACGCCAGAGAGGUUUCUUCUUGUAUUGGACGAUGUGUGGAACGAGGACAGGCACCAAUGGGAGAGUCUCUGUGCACCAUUGAGGUCUGGAAAGCCCGGCAGCAAGAUAUUGGUAACAACUCGCUCUAGGAAGAUUGCUGGCAUGGUUGGUGAUUUGGAUGCCAUUCAUUUGGAAGGUCUGGAUGAGAAGUGCUUCUGGGAAUUUUUCAAAAAAUGUGCAUUUAGUUCUUCAAAUAGUGGAGUUCAUCAUUAUCAUUUGGAAGCCAUGGCAAAGAAGAUGAUUUACAAGCUAAAGGGAUUGCCGCUUGCAGCAAAGACUCUAGGAGGGUUGUUGAGCAUGAAAUUGGAUGAGCAACACUGGAAAAGCAUUUUAGAUAGCGAAAUAUGGCAGCUUCCUCAAGAAGAAGAAAAUGGGAUUAUACCAGCGCUACAACUGAGCUAUCAAUAUCUUCCUCCUCAUCUUAAGCAAUGCUUUGCAUUUUGCUCCUUGUUUCCUAAAAAUUAUUCCUUUUCAGAAUCUAAGUUGAUCAGUAUUUGGAUAGCAGAAGGAUUCAUAGUGCCUCAAGGAAGUAUCAGAAUGGAGGAGCUAGGAAACAACUACUUUCAUGAGUUAGUUAACAGGUCUUUCUUUCAAAAGAUAAAGUCUAAAGGAUUUAUUAAACAAUUUGGAAUGCAUGACCUCAUCCAUGAUCUUACAGAGCUCAUAUCUGUGGGUGAGUCUUCCAGGAUUGAAAAAAGCAAUUUCCAUGAAAUUCCUAACACAAUUCGUCAUCUUUCAGUGCACCAAGAGGAAGAAGGUAUGCAAACAAGAUGUUUAACAGAAUUCUCUCAUUACAAUAAAUUACGAACGCUAAUGUUGCCAAGAAGAUACAGUAACAAUAGUUUGCUUGUUGAUAGUAGUGUUUUGGAAAAAUUAAAAAAGAUUCGUGUUCUUAUCUUGAGUAAAUGUGCUUUAAAAGAGCUGCCUGAUAAUAUUGGCAAGUUGAUACAUAUCCGUUAUCUUGACUUAUCUGACAAUUACGACAUUAGAAGCUUGCCUGAGUCCUUAUGUGACCUAUAUAAUCUACAGACAUUGAUAUUAUAUCGUUGUUAUAAGUUAGAAAGUCUCCCACAUGACAUGGUAAAGUUGAUCAAUUUGAGGAAACUUGAUGGAGUAGCACCUAUGUUUUUUCUCAAGAUAACAGAGGUUGGGAAGCUUACUUCUCUUCAGAAUUUGCCUGUUUUUAAAGUACUAAAAGAUAAUGGAUACAAACUUGCUGAAUUAAAGGGUUUGAAACAACUUCGGGGAGAACUACGUAUAACUAAUCUUGAGAAUGUAGAAAACAAAGGCGAAGCAAAUAUUGCUAAUUUGAAGAGUAAAGAGCACCUCGAUAAGUUGGUGCUAGAAUGGACAUCCGAUUCAGACGUUAAUUUGCACAUAUCAGAACAGGUGCUUGAAGGUCUCCAGCCACAUAACAAUCUACAAAGUUUGACAAUUAGAGAAUAUAAUGGUGCUAGACCUCCCAAUUGGCUAGAUGAACAAGUAUAUUCUAGAUUGGAAAAACUUGAACUUCAAAAUUGUAAAAGGUGGAAUGAUCUAUCAGUUAUUGGACAAUUAUCACAAUUAAAGCGCCUCUACCUUGGGAGAACUUCAGUCCAUACCCAAAAUUUACACAAAUUAUUCGAUCCAAUACACUGCAAGUUUUUCUUCCAACUAGAAUCUUUGUCACUAGAGGGCAUUACCAUGUUGGAGGAUCUCCCAAAUCUUGGACAACUUCCAUGUCUCGAGUUUCUUGACAUUCGGAGUUUGCCGGGAGUGAAAAUGAUAGGCGAUAGAUUCUUUUCCACAUCAGAAGAAGGCAGUUGCUUUCCUAGCCUACAUACUCUCCAUUUCAAUGAAAUGCCAGCAUGGGAAGAGUUCUAUUGCUCCGAGGAUAGAGAUCUAUUUCCCUGCUUGAUAGAGCUUCAGAUUUCAGAUUGCCAAAAUCUGCGGAUGUUACCUCCCCUUUCUCCUUCAAUAGAAUUGCUACAAUUAAGUAAUGUUGGGCUGGUAGAUUGUCCAAGAUUCUGGAAAGUAAUUGAUGAAAGUAGCAACGUAACUAAUUCUGCAUCUAUUACAGAGUUGUUCAUUCAAGAAUGUCCAAAUUUGACAAUUCUAGAACAAGGGUUGCUAGCACACCAUCUACAACAGAUUGAUAUACAGAAAUGUGAACAAUUGUUGUGGGCACCAGUCAAAAGGUUGAAAGAGCUCACCUCUUUAGAGUCAUUGUCAAUAAAAGAGUGCCCGAAGCUCAUGAGCAUGACACAAGAUGAGUACAUUAAUUUUGAGCUCCCGCCAUCAAUUACACAGCUAUGUUUGUCUGAUUGUGGAAAUCUUUCCAAAUCACUGCCUGGCUGCCUGCAUAACCUGACCUCAUUGCGUGACUUGGAGAUAAGCAAUUGUCCCAAUCUAGUUUCUUUACCAGUAGAACAAUUGCUUAAUUUGGAAAGUGUAACAAUUAAGAAUUGCAAUGAGUUGAGAUCAGUAGAAAGGCUCCAAAUAAAAUCCCUCCACAACUUGAAGAUUGCAGGAUGUCCCAAGCUUCUACUUUCUCAAGGAGAGGCACAAACAGAGAAAUCGGCACUGCAGAUGUUAGAGAUUGAUGACACAGCGUUUAUGAAACAAUCUGUCAUAAAAAAUUUACUAUCAUCUGUAAACUAUCUUAGAAUUUCAUCCUCUUGUGAAGCGGUGAUGUUUGAGGGGGAUGAUCAGGAGUCAUUGCAAAGCUUGACAUCUCUCGAUUCAUUAAGUUUCUCUGACUGCAAGAAUCUACAAUCCUUGCCAACAAAGUUGUACACCCUUACGUCCCUUCAGAUUUUGGGGAUACAUUAUUGCCCACAAAUUCAAUCUCUGCCGGAGAAGGGGUUGCCUCCUUCCCUCACGAAUUUAUAUUUUCAUGGUUGUCAUCUGGCACUGGAGCAGCAGUUGGAAAGGCACUUGGCGGGGAUUAAGAAGUUUGGUUGAUACAGUUUUUGUUAUCAGCGGUAGAUACUUAAGCCAUGGAAACUCACUCUCCAUUCCACCAUUAUCUGUUGUGGAGUAAACAUACUGAAGCUAGAAUGAAUGUAAAAAGAGAGAGAGAGAGAUGGAAGAGCCAGCAAUUUAUAAAUAUUUGACAAGGUAGAAACUCGUUCGAUUUCAUGAUAUUCAUUUUGGGUACAGAUCGAUGUUCAUCUUCUGCAUCUCAUUGGGUGGAAAUGAAGAUCUUUAAUUAAUGAUCUUCUAUCUUUUUUAAGCCUUUCAUUUUGGUUGUAUCCACCCUACACACGACCAAAACAAAAGAACCAGAUCUUUGUGAUGCAAACAAUUUUCUAAACUAUAGAACU